ACUGCGCACCUCGCAACUCUCAUCGCAAGUCAGCCGCAACAAUGGCUUUAACACGAGCCAGAAAGAAGCGCGAACUUGGCUCCCCCGCUCCCAGCAGUGACAAGGGCCAAGCUGCGAAGAAAACCAAGAAAUCCACCAAGACGAACAACUCGAAGGCGGGAAGCACCGCGCCGGAGGAGAAAAAGCCCAAAGGCCUGAUGGACAUGCCGCCCGAGAUUCGCAAUCGCAUCUACCAUUUCGCCUCUGAGCGCGAGGACUUCUUCGAGGGCUGGGACUUCGCUGUGCCUCUGGUCGACCCGUACGCCGGACACAGCUGCAGCCAGAGCCAGUGGCCGAUGUCGAUAUUGGAUCGCUCUCUCUCUGCACGCAACUUCCUUGGCCUCACGCAGACCUGCAAGCUCAUCCGAAAGGAAUACCGACCCAUCUGGUUGCGCAAUUCGAGCAUUCGCGUGCGACCCCGCUAUCUCCCAUUGUACAUCCACACCUUCUAUGGCUGCGCGACAGACUACUCCACCAACAUGCCAAAGUCGAUUCAGAUCUCACAUAAUCAGGAUGCUCCUGGACAAGACGUCAUCGACCUCACCCUGAUGCUUCGCAUGCGCGCAGCUUCUCCUGAUAUCAAGUUCGAGUUCAUUCCACAUGAGCUCACCCAGGACGAGGGACUGUGGACCCUGGACUGGUCCGAAUGCGAUAUUUGCCAGGACCUUUCAGACACAGGCUCCGACGAUGAAGACUCCGAGAUGUUUAUCUGCCCUCACAAUGACAUCCAUCGUGAGGGCUAUGCUGAUUACUUGCUGGACGAAGAGUAUCCCUACCUUGGCGCCUUGAACAAGUUCAUUGCGCACGACAACCUCAAAUGGCUCAAGGAUAUCCGCGACCGCCAAGUCACCCGCGUGAAGCUGGAUCUAUCAGACGGCAACCGCUACGCUCCAGAGAUUGCCAUCCGCCUCUCAAAUGGUAGCGAUGUCGUUGCGACGGAGCUCUCUAAGAAAAGCAUGUUGGGUGCCGCUUCCGCUUACGUCGAAGACCGCGACCUUAGAAGUGCAAAUACUCACGAGGCGUCAUUGCACUUCAUGGUCCAGGUCUGUGGUGGAGCUCAAUGA